AUGGAUCCUCAGGAACACCGAAACUCUUCUCUCACGUGGUCUUUCCAGGUGAAGAAGAUCAAGAACCUGCCAAAGGAAGUGCCUACGCAAGUGGAGAUCUCCGGUUCGCACGUCCUGGAUGGUCUGUGUAACAAGCAGAUGGUCUUCAAGAUCUUCGAUGCGACGCCAGAGUUGAAGGGGAGAUACGUCAUUGGCAAGGCGGAGGUGGACGCAACAGCCUUGAUUCACGAGUCCACGGAACUUGAAACGGAAAUCCUCUUUGCUCUGGAAAACGACUACUUCGCUCUCCUCGGUCUGAGUGACGAAGAAGUGAAAGAAACCGUCUCUGCAGAAAUCUCAAUCACAGCGUCUGCCUCUCUGGGUCCCCCGGAAGAUCGGGGGGACUGGAAUAUGUUCUCGGUCAAGGUGGAAGAAGUAUCCAACCUGCCUUCCUCUCUAGCGUAUUUCGGUUUGAACGCGUCGCAAGAUGCGGAAUGUCAUCCCUUCAACUAUUCGAUCCACGUUUUGGGUGCGAAGAUCGGGGGAGGGUCGUUGAUGUUUCCGAGCGUCGCUGUUUCCGAGAAGACUGAGAAAACUGAAAAGUCGUCUCUUCUUGGCAAGAAUGAGAAGGUGGGCCGAACUUCGAAGGGGAUGGAAGUCCUCGAAAAGAAGGCCGGGAAGAAACUCCCCGAGACAAGAACGAAGUCGUCGAACGAAGCGACCUCAGAGGGCUCGGACGCGCUCUCUGAAGGUGGUGCCGGCGCCCAAAGUCCCGCAGUUUCCUGGGGAAGAAACUCGGAAAGACGUUUCUACCGAGGCCGACAGUUCCUCUCCGAGCUCCUCUACACAGUCGACAGCGUCGGCGGACUCUGGGCGUACUUCCUCCCGAGACUGAAGAGAGAACGAAACGAAGAAAAAGGGAAAGGGAAUGCCAAACACGGAAAGGUCGCGCCUCGAGGCAAAACGGCCAACAAAGGAGACACUUCUCAGGCCCUCUACGACGCAUGCAAACAUUUUGCGGGGCGCGCGUGGAUCCCGCUGGACGCCCUUCGGCGUGGAGAUAAGGAAAUUGAUGGCUCUUUCGAAGUCGUCUCCUUUCAGUUUUCCAGAGACGGGAGACUCCCCCAUCUGGCCUCUGCUCUCAGCUCAGAGAGAAGCGCAAACAAGCUCGAGAGCGGGACGCCGGAACCUCCGGCAACCUUCGCAGACAGCGGAACGCGCGUCAAACUCCGAAUUCAACUUCGAUUUCCCUUGCAGGCUCUGGAGCCUCGCUGUCCACCGCUGUUUCUGCCGCCGUCCCUGGGUGCAGAGAAGGGAGAAUCUCUGUCUUUUGCUUCUGUCUCUUCUGCUGCUUUGCCUUGCGCUCGCGCGAGAGAGAGUGAAGGGGAGGAAACUUCUCUCAGGUCCUCGUCUUCCUUGUGGGACUCCCUCCCCUCCAAAAGUUCACUGCGCGAGUUCGAAGCGUCGGUGAAACAAGGUGUGAAGUGGAUUGCGAGAGAACUGAGUGAACAUGUCUCCCUCGAGGAACAGAGGAUUCUCGCAACUGCAGCCACUCGAAAAACGAACAAGACAAGAGAGAAAACAGGCGUUCGUCUCAACCGAGAGACGCCACACACAGAAGAAAGUCCAGAUGCAACUGAAACAGUGCCGGGAAAAGCGCAGUCAGGAAACGGAGACCACAGAGAAGAAGGAGAGAGCGAAGAAGAGCAAGUUCGUCGAGAGUUUCUGCAACGUUUGAAGGAGAACGGCUGCUACGAUGAACUGUUUCAGAAAGUCAAGAAAUCCGUCACCUUGGUGAUUAGAGAUAAGUUGAGAAAAGAUGUUUCUCUCGCAACAGCAGUGAUGACAGCCACUCGAGGACGCACGCCGCAGACACUCACGGAGGACAUGCUCCUACAAAAACUCGACAAACUACUCUCAGACACUUUCGUCUUCCUUGUCGACACAAUGCAACAGCUCAUCAACCACACCACCACAGAAAGUCAGAAUUUGCGGGAACUCGCGUCUCUGCACCCGGCGAAUGCUCUGUUUCCUGGUGAACGUGAUGGCGAAGGACAAGAGGAACGUCUUCAGCGCCUGGCGUUCGAGUCCGAAGUGGUUGACGAUGUCGAGCGAAGCGUCCAGCUCCACAAACAGCUCAUUGUCCUUGCAGAGAAACGCAAAGACAAGAAAAUCGCAGUUCUGUGGUGCUCUCUCGCUCGCAUGCUUCUCCGUCACGGCGAACACCGCGUUGAGGAAGCAGAGCAAGCCCUCUGGGAAAGCAUACGCGCUCAAGGGAGUGCAGAGAAAGCCUCAGAAGACACCUGGUUGAUGCUAGGAAGUUGCUGUCUCCAUCGUAAACGGUACAAGGACGCAGAGAUGGCAUUUGCAUCUGCUGUCCGUCGUUGCGGAGAGACUGAGAAGAACGCGAAGACACCUUCUCUCAGUGUUUCUCCGCCUGUGGAAGGCCUUUCGCCGUCUCUCAGUCUCUCGCUGGGGGGGGGAGUGGGGUGGCACUCGGGGUCCGCUCGAGAGCACGAGAGUGGCGAGUCGCGGCAGGAGAAAAGCGCAUGCAGCGACAACGCGUCUGCUCGCUCUUCUCCGGCCUCUACGAUGGCGCCGCAAGUUCUCCCUUUCUUCUUCCUCAGUGUCUGUCACUACCUAGCAGGAGACACAGCAAGCUUCGAGAAAUAUCUGGCGCUCGCGUUCAAGCCGGCGGCCUUCUUCGAGAACGAAAGGGAUCUGAACGCCCCGCCGGAUGAUGAGUCUGAGGAAGAAAAUCCAGGAAACGAGAAAUCCGGAGAAGACACGCAGACUUCCUGCACCAAUCCCGCCUGGCCUGAAGGAAUCUUCGAUGAGCUCGAGGAAAUGCUUCCGAUAUUCCCGAAAGAGACGUUUUUUGAACCGGCAACGGUGGACUUUCCAAUUUUGGCGUUUCUGCUGCUGCUGCUGAAAUUCGGACUGCCGAGUUUGUGUCUCUCCUUCUUCGACCGAGCUGACGACUUCUUCCACAGUGCAACCUCCCAAAGUGGACUCUUCACUUUCGUCAAAGCCAAGGCUCUCUUCUUGAGAAAAGAUUUUGUGGGGGCUGCCAGGGCUCUGCGCGAGCUUCUUCAGUCAGGCCCUCGGCACCGACAAGCUCUCGCUUUGUUGGCUGAGUCUUAUUACCGCCUACACUUAGUUCACCCCGCUGUUGAGUUUUUUCUGAAAAGCAUCGAUUUCCUUGACCAACCUCGAGACUCGGUCAUCUACCUUCGUCUUGGAGAACUCAUGCUUCGACAAAAGAACUACGAGGAGGCUCACAAGUUUUACAGGAAAUCCCUUGAGUAUGCGAUCACGUCAGAGGGUUGGCUGGGCGUUGCUGUGUCGCUGUAUCGCCUUGGAAAUCUUCGGGGAGCUUUAGAAGCUGCAAUGGCAUCGAAUGAACAAGAUAAAGACAGGGGGGAAACUUGGGGGUACCUUGCCCUCUGUCUCCUCUCGACAGACAGAGUUGGCGAGGCAGACCUGUGCACGCGUUUCCUGAUCAAAAAUUUGAGAAAAAAUUCUCGAGGAGGCUUGGCAGCCCUCGGCGGAGCAACUACGGAGCAAACUGUCAGAAAAAUCGAUCCAGAUCUUCUUUUGGCGGACUGCGUCGAAAUAAAGUACAUCGACUGGGGAGGAGGCCUUCUUGUAGAGGUCGCCGACACCUACCUUUGCAAAAAAGGUCACUACGGAGCACAGACAGCCAAGGAUCUCGCUGAAAUGGCUCUACACGAAUGUCCCGAGAACGCUGCAGCACACAAGGUCCUCUCACAGGCUCUGGCGUGGCAGGGGCAGAGCGAAGCUGCUCUGGGCGAGUUGCUGAGUGUAAUGCGGUACGUGGUGGAGAACUUCAAAGAUGCAUUCCGACAAAAACGAAAGUGUUUCUAUGAUUUGUUUUACGACGUGGAGGAGCAGCACAAGGUUGUACACGAAGAAGAGAAACGGUUUGCUGAGCAGAAGCUCGCGGUGCAGGCAAAACUCUCAGAGGCAUACGACCAAUGCCGGAACCUUUUCCCUCUGCUAAGUUCCUCGGAACCAAUUCAGGAGGCUGCGCGCAUGCAUAAAAAGUACCUUGAAGAACUUUCUCGAUUGUCUGUCUCUUCACUCGAACCCGGUGCACUUACUGAACGGGAACUGGAGUCUGAUUUGUAA